AUGUCUAUCUGCGGUGGCACUUUCUUUGUUUCCUUCACUUUUCAGACCAUUCGGCUCGCGCGCAGUAUAUCAUUCCAUGCUAGUGGAAUCGUACCUUCUACUGCUUCAAACAGGCUUUAUCUUGGAAGUGCCCGCCGUGAUACUAGGUUCAAGAAGUCGCAUUCAUCUACCGUCGUACCACAUGAACAAGGCGAUGAUGAUCCUUAUCCUGUCCGUCUACUCGUGCCCCUGACGUAUCAUGGCGGAUGA